GUUGAGGCGGAUGACUACAAGGACUUACUCUGGAGAGGCAUGCAGCGCCGGGAUUAUUCCCUCUAUCAGGAAUACGGGACCGAUAGGUGCCCAGAUUUCAAUGACAAACCUUGGGCUGAGCGACGUUAUCUGAUGGAUAGAGAUGGAUCCCAACUGACGAAGGAUAAGGAUGCGGUAAUAGAGGAGAUGCAAGAAAAGAUGAAGGAAAUGGCCAGGCAAAUGGCAAAUUUUGAAACGCAGGUCGUAACUACGUACCGGGAUAAGCCUGGAUCCCCCUACUCUCUGCGGUGGGAUCGUCGGAACACCGACCCAUGGAGGAGUGUCGAAGACCGUAACCCUCGCACACUGGCUGAUUACCGCGCGAGGGAAAAAGAUGAAGAUGAGCGGCGACGUAGAGAUGAAGAGGAUCGUAGACGUAGGGAUGAGGAGGAUCUUAGACGUAGGGAUGAGGAGGAUCGAAGGCGCAAAGAUGAGGAUGAUCGGAGGCGUAGAGAGGACGACGAGAGGAGGCGCAGGGAUGAUAAUAUAGACAGAGACCGCCUGCGUGAUAGAUAUCGAGAGUGCACGAUCCUAGAGUACUUGGCGGCCUCGAGGCCAGCGCGGGAUGAGCUGCAGAUGAUUACGCGCAAGACACGUAUUCCUCUGAGUGACGAAGUCCAGAUGGCAACCAAACAGGAGGAGAUACCCACAGUAGCAGUAUCUAGUGUGGUCGCUAAGGCAGAUCGUGCUGCAACGGUGUUCUUGGAUGACAUAGAGGGAGUGCCUCCUGGCAAGUUUUAUAUCCUGGGCAGUGGGAGAGUACAGACUACCCUCAACGACGAGAUAGUUCUUCAUGCAGUAAUUGAUAACGGCAGCGAGGCUGUUAUCAUAGAUGAGGGUCUGGCGAUUCGGUUGGGAUUAGACCUUGAUAAGUCRUUCAAAUUUGAGAUAGAGACCGCCGAUGGAAGAAAGCAGAAAGUCACCGGGGUUUGCCACAAGGCUGCGAUUGAGGUCGAAGGGCUGAGAGUGAUGAUGUCUAUUUUCGCAGUUCGGGAUUGCAGCGCAGAGUUAUUAUUGGGGCGGAGAUGGUUGAGUCACGUCCAUGCCGUUACUAUAGAAUGGCCGGAUGGAAGCGAGAUGCUUUCCAUCAAGCGUCCAGACGGUGGGCGGAUUAUGAUGGAGACGGUAGAGCCUUGUGACCCGAGGAACAGAGCGGUUCUCGCUGCAGGGGGCCGCGUACCGGUUCCCCUUGCGAGUCGCUCAUUGAGCUUUCGCGAAAAGAAGUAUGGGCCCCUGCUUACAGAAGAAGAAGAUCGGAUAGUGGAAGUCGAGGAUUUAGGCACUCGGUGGAAGUUUGCUCAGAAAGAAAAAGAAGAGGUGAUCUCCUUUCUCAAAGAGAAGAUGGCAUCACACGUAGUUGAACUAUGUGAUAGCGCGUAUUCAAAUAGAUGGUUCUUCUUGAGGAAGCGUAAUGGAAAGAUUCGGUGGAUUCAAGACCUUCAGAAGGUCAAUGCGGUGGCAAUUCGAGAUGUAGGCUGCGUACCGCAUGCUGAUCUAUUAGCAGAAGGAGCGGCAGGCAGAUCCAUUUAUUCUGUCUGCGAUUUAUUUUCAGGAUAUGACGAGAUACCACUAGAUCCGAGAGAUAGGUAUCUCACAACCAUGCACACACCGCUCGGAUUAGUGCAGAUGAUGGUCGUUCCGAUGGGAUGGACCAAUGGGGUAGCUGUCUUUCGGAGAGCCAUCGUAGCGGUUCAGAAAGACUUUAUCCCUGAUAAAGUAAAAGUUUUCCUGGACGACUUUCCGAUAAAAGGACCGGUGUUAAAAGAUGAGACGGAAGUCGCUCCUGGUGUCAAGAGGUUCGUAGAGCAACACCUGACGGACAUUUACGCAGUUMUGGAAAAGCUAGAURAAGCUAACCUAACRGUUAGCGGGACAAAGAGYCGAUGGGCCRUGUUGACGAUUAAGAUCCUARGGUUUAUAUGCGACGCUAAAGGCCGACACCCCGACCYUGGGAAGCUGGAGAAGUUGUUGAAUUGRCCGACUCCUUUGCACAGUGCAACUGAAGUUCGCCAGUUUUUAGGCGUUGUUGGUUAUUGGCGGAUCUUUAUACGGGGAUAUGCGGAAAAGGCAGAGCCUCUACGCACACUUCUUAGGAAGACCGAGAGGUUCUACUGGGAUUCUUCUCAUGAGCUUGCAAUGCAAUCUCUCAAGGAAGAAUUUAAAGAAGGCGGCUGGAUUGUAGGUKUGUCAUUCUUUGAGGACGAGACGGACAGACCGUUCAUAGUGUCUACGGAUGCUGGACCGUGUUCGGUUGGGGGAUUGCUUUCUCAGAAGGAUGCUGAAGGGAAAGAAAGACCAUUGAGGUUCGAGAGCCGAACACUCAACACUGUUGAACGCAACUACAGUCAGUUUAAGAAGGAAGUGUUAGUUGUUCUACGGUGCUUAGAUACCUUUAGGCAUUACAUAUACGGGAGACGAUUCGUUCUCAGGGUAGACCCUACAGCUGUAGCGUCAGUUCUACAGAAGGAUUUCAGUUUGACGGAUCCUACGAUCGCACAAUGGCUGAUCAUGAUUCGAUUUUAUGACUAUACUGUAGAGAGGAUUUCAGGGGCAAGAACGUUGUGGCCGACGGACUUUCACAGAUCCCAAUUGAGGCGGAACGACCAAUAGCGGUUGCUGCACUAACUUUGGCUGGGCCUAGACGAACGGAUCGCUUCCUAGUCAAUCUUUAUGAAGGUAAGUACCGCACUAUAGGACUGCAUCUGUCAGGAAAGGAAAACACUGAUUCGGACAUCCGGAGACAGGCGACACAAAACUCCCUUAGAGAUGGGCAUUUGUUUCAUCGACCUGUGGGAGCAGGGAUGCCUCUUCGGGUGAUUUGUGACCCAGAGGAGAAGCAGUCCAUAGUAGCUAAGUUACAUGACGGUGUAGCCGGAGGACAUAGAGGAGUAAAGGGUACAUAUGAGA